GCUUUAGGAGAAGAAGCUAGUAGUAGUACCUUAUAAUGAUCGAAGUAUAGCUAACGUGUUAGUCUCGUGCUCGAUUUUUGAGUUGGAAAUGCGAAAGAGGGCUAUACUAUGAUGUGCUAUAGGCAUAGGGAUCGCGAGUGAGGUUAUGCUGUGAUGCUGUCAACUGAAAGUAGUAAUAUGUUGGAUAGGGAAUAUGUGUCUGCUGAUCUUUUCGUUGUAUACGCAUCUGUAAUCAUCGGAAUCUUCGCCUGCAAAACGGUGUAUGAACUUAGCCAGCUUAUUAGUCCCAUUUACUUCAAAAGCUAUCAUAACCUCACAAAGGGCCUUCAGCUCGAAUGGAGCAACCGGGCCAUGUCGACGUUUCAUGCCAUGUGCAUUGCCACCGUCUCAUUAUACUUCGUGUUGUGGUCGGAUCUUUUCAAGAACGACCCACAGCGCGGUCCAGUCAUUCUUCGUAGCUCAACAGCAUCAAUUUCUGCUUUGGGAGUUUCCGUUGGCUAUUUCCUUUCGGAUCUCAGCAUGAUUAUAUGGCGGUAUCCUUCUUUAGGCGGGAUGGAGUAUGUAGUUCAUCAUCUUCUCUCGUUGGCGAGCGUGGCCUACGCUAUGCUCACGGGUGAAGCACAGAUCUACACGUACAUGGUCUUAAUAUCCGAGGCAACCACGCCUUCUAUCAAUCUGAGAUGGUAUCUCGAUGCAGCUGGAAUGAAGAGGUCGAAGGCGUAUACUAUAAACGGAGUCGUGAUAUUCCUAUCAUGGCUCGUUGCAAGAAUCUUGCUGUUCAUUUACUUGUUUUGGCACUCUUACAUAUAUUACGAUGAGGUGAAGCUGAUGCACGAGAUAGGCGUGGUGAUGAUGCACGUCGUCCCGUUGGUGCUGUCUGUGAUGAACUUGUUCUGGUUCAGCAAGAUCUUCAAGGGGAUGGUGAAAACGCUCAAGAGGGAGUGAAGAAAGCGUGUUUUACUAUGUUUGUAUUUAUAAGAUUAUUGUUGCCUGUGAAUAUUUGGAGGAAGAAAAUCUGAAGCGUUUUUUUCCUGUGAAUAAUUAGGGAAAAAGGCUGAA